CCUGAACUAUACGGACGUUGGUCCGUCACGUGUACUUUUUUUUCUGGAACACAGAAGUUGUCGGUAUUUAUUGAAGACAAUGGGCCGUUUGGAUGGGAAAGUGAUAGUCCUUUCAGCAGCAGCACAGGGCAUUGGAAAAGCUUCUGCUAUAGCUUUUGCCAAGGAAGGUGCCCAAGUCACUGCUACAGAUAUCAAUGGGGAGAAACUUAAAGAGCUGGAUGGCAUUCCAGGGAUCAAAACCAAAGUUGUCGAUGUUACCAAGAAAGACCAAGUGGAGGCCCUGGCCAAGGACUUUGACUAUGUGGAUGUGCUCUUCAAUGUUGCUGGAUUUGUCCAUCAUGGCUCAAUACUGGACUGUGAGGAAUCCGAUUGGGACUUUACUAUGAACGUGAAUGUCCGCAGCAUGUACCUGAUGAUCAAGGCCUUCCUGCCUAAGAUGCUGGCUCGUAAAUCUGGAAAUAUCAUCAAUAUGGCAUCUGUGGCAUCUAGUAUCAAAGGAGUUGUGAACCGAUGUGUCUACAGCACGUCUAAAGCUGCCAUCAUUGGACUGACCAAAUCAGUGGCAGCUGAUUUCCUGGAGCAAGGAAUCCGCUGUAAUUGUAUCUGCCCUGGAACUGUAGAUACACCAUCAUUACGACAGAGAAUUCAGGACAGACCUGAUCCAGAACAGGCUUUUAAAGACUUUAUGGCCAGACAGAAGAGUGGUAGAUUGUGCACUGCAGAAGAAGUGGCACAUCUGUGUGUGUACUUGGCCUCAGAUGAGUCUGCCUAUGUAACAGGAACCGAAGCCAUCAUUGAUGGAGGAUGGAGACUCUGAGGAUGUUUUGUUUAAUUUAUGAAAUAACCUUUAACAUGCACACAGUUUGACCUCCAGAGAAACAUAGUCACUGAUUUUCUUUAUCUUUAAAACUUUAAUGCUGCAAUGGUGCUCUUGAUCGUUCUUUCUUACUUUCUUUUCAUUCCUGGCCACUGAUGUAAAAAUUGUGGAUGCCAUUGCCAAGCUCACUUAUUGCACAACCUGUCAUCCAAUCUUCACCUUUGGUUUAAAGAUAAAUUGAUUUAAAUAAUUAUAACAUGCCAAAUGUAAUCAACAUUUUGGGGGGAAUUAAUGUCUUCUAUUAGACAAAUUCAUAAAUAAAGGUUGAGAAACAAUGUUUUUAAACUGAAA